UGAAAAUGGUCCAACCCGACCCAAAAUGGCUCUUCUCUCCCUCUCCCCCUUCUUCCCAAAACCCCCAAAACCCUAACCCUAUAAAUUUCCAUUUCCACUUUGAACCCUCCUGCAAUGAUCGCCACCUUCAAAUCCCAGCAAAACCCUAAUAAAUCACAGCAGUCAAAGACCUAAAACUAUGUCCGAGGUUGAGAUUUCCCGUUCGGAGAAGAAGAAGCACAAGAAAAAGAACACACAAGGCAUGGAAAAACCGGAUGCAAAGCCAAAAGGCUCGGAUGAUGCCGCCGGCGACUUUAUGAUCAAGCCUCAGAGCUUUACUCCGGCAAUGGACACUUCCCAAUGGCCUAUUCUAUUAAAAAACUAUGACCGUCUAAAUGUUCGUACUGGUCACUACACUCCUAUUCCUUCUGGUUACUCUCCUCUGAAGCGUCCUCUUGCUGAGUACAUCCGCUAUGGUGUCAUGAAUCUUGAUAAGCCAGCGAAUCCAUCUUCGCACGAGGUGGUUGCUUGGAUCAAACGGAUUCUGAGGGUCGAGAAAACAGGGCAUAGUGGCACAUUGGAUCCCAAAGUUACAGGUAACUUGAUUGUUUGUAUUGAUCGAGCCACCCGCCUUGUUAAAUCACAACAAGGUGCUGGUAAGGAGUAUGUUUGUGUAGCAAGAUUGCAUGAUAAGGUCCCUGAUGUUGCCAAAGUAGCUAGAGCUCUUGAGACUUUAACUGGAGCGGUUUUUCAAAGACCGCCAUUGAUUUCUGCUGUGAAAAGGCAGCUUAGGAUUAGGACAAUUUAUGAGAGUAAGUUGUUGGAAUAUGACCCAGAUAGGCAUUUGGUUGUUUUUUGGAUUUCUUGCGAAGCUGGGACUUAUGUUAGGACUAUGUGCGUGCAUUUGGGACUGAUUCUUGGGGUUGGGGGGCAUAUGCAGGAGUUGAGGAGAGUGAGAUCUGGGAUUUUGGGGGAGAGAGAUAAUAUGGUGACUAUGCAUGAUGUGAUGGAUGCUCAAUGGGUUUAUGAUAAUUAUAGAGAUGAAACCUAUUUGAGGAGAGUGAUUAUGCCUCUUGAAGUGCUUUUGACCAGUUAUAAGAGGUUGGUUGUGAAGGAUUCUGCUGUGAAUGCAAUUUGUUAUGGGGCUAAACUGAUGAUUCCAGGAUUGUUGAGGUUUGAAAAUGACAUUGAGGUUGGUGAGGAAGUUGUACUGAUGACCACCAAGGGGGAGGCAAUUGCUUUGGGGAUUGCAGAGAUGACUACUGCAGUGAUGGCUACAUGUGAUCAUGGUGUUGUGGCAAAGAUUAAGAGGGUUGUGAUGGAUCGCGACACUUACCCGAGGAAAUGGGGUUUGGGACCCAGAGCUUCGAUGAAGAAGAAGUUGAUUGCUGAUGGGAAGUUAGAUAAACAUGGGAAGCCAAAUGAGAAUACACCUCAAGAAUGGAUGAGGAAUUUGGUUUUGCCCACAGGAGGAGAUUCUUUAGUUGCUGGCCUUGCAGCUGCAAAUGAGACAUCAAAGGAGAUUCAUGCAGUGAAGGAAGAUAAGGAAGAGGUGGAGGAGAAGGAGGAGAAGAAGAAGAAGAAGGAAAAGAAAAGCAAGGAUGUUGAAGAUGGGGAAGGGCGCAAGCGCAAAUUGGAUGAAAGCACUGAUAGCCCUACUGCUCAUGUUCCGGCUAAGAGAGUUAGAGUUGAAGAAGUUGAAAAGGAAGAGACAGUUGAGGUGAAGAAGGUAAAGGAAGGGAGGGUUGACGAAAGUGACGAUGAUAAGAAAGAGAAAAAGAAGAAGAAAAAGAAGAGUAAAGGAGAUGAUGAAGCAGAAACUUUUGAGGAAAAGGAGACUGAGAAGGUUAAGAAAAAGGAACGCGGUGAUAAAGGUGAAGCUGUUUCACCUGUUACAGAAAAAUCUGAGAAGAAAAAGAAGAAGAAGAAAGCCAAAGAGGCUGAGGAGGCUGCAACCAUUGAUGAUGGCAGAACUAAUGGUGAGGCUGAUAGAAGUGAGAAGAAGGAGAAGAAGAAGAAGAAAAAGAAGGAUAGAGAUGUUGAAGAGUAGACACCUUCAUUAACAUUUUUGUUUAUUCCUAAAUGUGUGCCUUAUGUUAACUUUCUGGCAACUGCAAUGAUAAUUUGAUAGUUUCUGAAAUCCUUGCAAUGCAAUUUCAGCAGAAUCGUUUUCCAUAA